CCUAUUGUAGCUUAUCCAUUUCUUAUUCAUGUUAGCUAGCUAGCUAGCUGGAAUGUUUUGAAGAUGUUUGCGCCUGCUCAAAAGAAGAGAUGUUUUAAUAUAUCGUAUUUUUACAUUUGUCCUUUUCUCUUUUGUUCCUUCACAUUAGGAUUGCAUCGCCUAGGUAUUCGUGAGGAAUAGUCUUAGCUUGCUUGCUUGCUAGCUAAAAUACAUUAGCUACGACUGCAGGCGAAAAUAAUCUAUCCUGCUUGCUAACACAUUGGUGUCAACUGCUGUUGGCUAGCUAUCUGUGUACUGGCGGACUCUAGCUAAGAGUAAAUGUCGUUUUUGGAACACUACGCGAAAACAUCCUACAGGCAAACAAAACUGAAGGACGCUUUGGAUGUGGAUUGCAUUGGACUAGUUCACUGCAUCGAUCGGGACUGACGAAUCCAUUUGAAUUUUCGUGGUCCUUUAUCACGGUCCUUUUGUGUAUCUAGAUAUCGUAAACUACUUGGUUGCGGUUGAAUUAACGGAAACAUUCUGUUUACCCCCCAAAAACCACAAUCAUGGAUGAAAGUGCUGAAAAAAACGAUUCAGAUGAUGCUGUCAUAAUUGUGGAAAAUGAGGCAGAAAGUUUGCCGAUCCAAGAAGAGAACGCAAAACAGCACAGCACCCUCAACCUGCUGGAUACCUGUGCCGUGUGUAAUCUGAAUUUCAGCAGCCGCGAGCCGAAACUGCUGCCAUGUCUCCAUUCUUUCUGCAAAAAGUGCUUGCCAUCUCCGUCAAGGAAUCUGGUCUUAGCAGAUCAAACAGGGAGCCCCCAGGUUCGAGACGGCGGGGCGAAACCACUCAACGUGAUCCGCUGCCCAGUGUGCAGACAGGAGUGCAUGGAGGUGGACGUCAUGGAGAACUUCUUUGUGAAGGACUCUGUGGAGGUUCCCAGCAGCACCGUGGAGAAGACCAGUCAGCUGUGCACAAGCUGUGAUGACAACACUGAGGCCUCUGGCUUCUGCGUGGAGUGUGUGGAGUUCCUGUGCACCACCUGCAUCGAGGCUCACCAGCGGGUGAAGUUCACCAAGGACCACACCAUCCGGCAGAAGGAGGAGGUGUCUCCAGAAGUGGUGUGUGUGUCCAACCAGAAGCCGGUCUUCUGUGAGGUCCACAAACAGGAGCCUCUGAAGCUGUUCUGUGAGACCUGCGACCGCCUCACCUGCAGAGACUGCCAGUUACUAAAGCACAAGGACCACAAUUACCAGUUUUUAGAAGAUGCUUAUAAAAACCACAGAGAUCACAUGGUCAGCAUGACGCUGCAGCUUCAGGAGAAGAAGAAGGCCAUAGAGGAAGUGUCCAAGUCCAUCAACAAUGGACUCCUGCAAGUUGACGAAAACCGCAAGUCUGUGCACAAUGAAAUCAAGAAGUCCAUUUGUGCUUUAAUCUUGGAGAUUAACCGAAAGGGAAAGAUUUUAGUGAAUCAGCUUGAGGGCCUGACGAAGGACCAUGAGAGCGGACUGAGGAAGCAGCAGGAAGACAUUGGCUCCCUGUCCAGACACCUGGAUCAUGUGAUCAACUUCGCCAAGUGGGCGACAGCCAGCAGCAGUGGGACUGCUCUCCUGUACUGCAAGAGGCUGAUCUUAUUUCAGAUUCAGAAUCUGCUGAGAGCCAGGUGCAGCCCCUCCUUCAUCCCGCAGAGCAUGGUGCGCUUCCAGUGUCGCUCAGGCUUCUGGGCCUCCAACGUCGACCUCGGCUCCCUUGUGGUGGAGAAUGUCCCGGGCCGGCAGCAGAUGGGCAUCCAGAACUUUCCGUACCAGCUGAACCAGCCGGGGCCCCGGGCCGCGGGCUCCCCUAACGGCUUCCCCCCCGGCUCGUCCCAGCCGCGCAUGGGCGCGCACAGCACGCUGGCCCAGCUGCAGAUGCAGGUGGAGAAGCUGGCCCAGCAGCCCAACCGCCAGCCUCCCCCCUCGCACUGGUCCUGGUACCAGAACAUGCGGCUGCAGGGCCCCCCUCCCAGGCCGCUGCAGGGGGGCUCCCCGUCUCAGAGUCUCUCCGCUGCUUCCCAGCAGGGGCGCAGGUUCGCCGCCCCUCACCCGAACCCUCAGAGCCCCCCCGGCACCCUGCAGAACCCCGGCUUCCCCCCUCAGAUGAUGAGGGGGUUGAUGGGCAGCUCAAAUAUACCUCAUAAGCCCAUGGACGUCUUCCAGAACACAUCCCGGUAUUCCCACAAUGCACCUCUGUCAGGCAGCAGUGGCCACAGGACCCAGCCUUCUCUGCAGCAGCUGAACAUGGUCGAGUCUCCAUACCUGAACAAGAGGAAUGAAGGAAGUGGCACUUUGCCGAUGGCGAGACCCAGCUUCUCCCAGAGUCUGCCAGCCUCAGUGGCAGAGCGCAGCGCGGCAGGACGGCAGAACUCCCCCAUGUCCACAGCCACAUCCUCAGAAGGGAAAACGGGCUCUGCGCCCUGGAAGCCUGCAGAGAAUCGGGCGAACGGGUCGAGUGGAGCGUUGGUGAAGCGGAGGCGAAGGUCGUCGCCCGGCCCCAUCAUCGUCAUCAAGGACGAGCCCGAGGACGACGAUGACGUGCGCUAUGUGCAGUCCAGCGUGAGGGCCAGCCUGCCGGACAGCACGGGGGAGCAGGCUGCGACCCCGCAGCAGGAACCCUCCCCCACGGCCGAGCCUGAGGCCGAGAAAGCCCCCGCCCCCGAGGACGACCCCAACGAGGACUGGUGUGCUGUGUGCCAGAACGGCGGGGAGCUGCUCUGCUGUGACAAGUGUCCCAAAGUCUUCCACCUCACCUGCCACAUCCCCACUCUGCUCGGCUCGCCCAGUGGAGAGUGGUUCUGCUCCUUCUGCCGUGACCUGAACUCUCCUGAGAUGGAGUACGACUGCGACAGUGGCCCCGAGUCCAAAGCCGUGAAGGAGGAUCCGGACUCGGAGGUCUUCCCGCCGGUAGAUAAGCGGAAGUGCGAGAGGCUGCUGCUCCGUGUCUACUGCAACGAGCUGAGCGCAGACUUCCAGGAGCCCGUCUCCGCAGCGAUAAUGCCAGAAUACUACGAGGUCAUUAAGACUCCGAUGGACCUGUCCAUCGUGAAGAGGAAGCUGGAGUCGAAGCAGAGCCCCGUCUACAGGAGCUCAGAGGAGUUUGUGGCUGAUGUUCGGCUGAUCUUCCGGAACUGCGCAGAGUUCAAUGAGGCGGACACAGAAGUGGCAGCUGCUGGGAAGAACCUGGAGAAGUACUUUGAGGAGCAGCUGAAGGAGCUGUACCCUGAGCGGACUUUCCCUGAGGUGAAAGCUGAGGAGGCGAGCCCCACGUCCCCUGCACCUCCAGCCGCAGAGGAGGAACCCCCACCCACAAAGAGGCCCCGCACAUCCUCUGAACCCCACGAAACCCCGCCUGCGGUGGCCACGCCCCCUGCAGAGGAUGCAGAGAAAUAAGCGUAGGGACACUUCCCCGGCGUGAAAUCAUCUCCAACACAGGAAAUCUGCCAACACUUGCCUUUUACACCCCGAACUUACACUGCGGAUCACAGUACAGCACCUGUUCUAAAAACAACCGCAGCCAGAAGGAGCACAGGUACUUCCAGUACUGUUAUUUGCCAAAAUAUGCUAAGUUCUGUGAAUGGAGUAUUUGCACAUACACAUGAAGAAAGCAGGGUAACGGAAGCUGAUUGGAGUUCUGCAUCGCAGGCUGGCGGGAGGCGGAGCUGAAGCUCUGCAGCCGUGGCUGAGCACAGAAACCCCAUCUGCAGCUGCGCAGCUGCCCUCUGGGAGGCUGAGUCAUCUUUCACAGUCAGACAGUGUCCUCUGUACAUUAUGUUUAAUAGUUACUGGGAGAAUAUUCAUCCAUUUGCAAAGCGAGAAGGGACACAAACAUGUUUAGAGGAAUGGGAGCCCAUUUAUGCAACCGAAGGAGCCAGUGUCAUAAUCCCGCCCCCACGCUCAGUCCGAGUGCCAGUCCAGGCCCGUUUCAGCAUCUCAGCAUGACCUCUGGCCCCUUCUCUCCCUCUGUUUUUUAACCUACUUCAUGGUGACAUAGAAAGCCAUUCUGUUCUGAUUAUUUAUUUGUACAAUUGUACUGUUUAUGUGUAUUGUUCUCUGAAAACUUGUCAAAAAUACUGUAAAAUCUGGUAAAUAAGUCUCAAAUGUGUAGUAGUCACAGCCACCUCUGAAUGAAACCAUAGAAACAUCGAGUGUGUUAGCCACUCCCCCAUUUGCAGUCCUGUGGGGAGUCAGAGAAGCAGGGUGUACUGUACUUUCUACCUUAGAUACUAUGUCAAAAUAUAAAACCUCAUGUGUUUAAAAGUGUACUGCAUGCAAGUUUACUUGCAGCUGUUUACAGGGUAAAAAUAAAUGGAGUUUCA